GAGCUUAUAUUUGUGCUACACCACGUCCCCUUGCUGAUUUCGGUGAGCAGUUUUGCUCACUGAGGCGACUCGGUGUCAAUCAUUGGUGGGGACACUUGCCACCUGGGCGCCCCUUACGCUUCCUUACAGAUGCUCCAGCCACUCCGCGUGCCAACUCAUCAUAGGGCACCGUCAAGCCCGGCUGACGUCACCCCAGUCCUGCCUCUGUAAUCGAAAGAGACGCUAAUCCUGCUCCUCUCCAAAGCCGGGCAGUGGGAGGGGUGGGACAGCGGGGGAUGCUGAGAGAAACACCAGAGACAAGGAAGUUGGACAAGGGAGACAAGGGACAGACUCCACAGUCGUCUAAACAGGCGAAACGGGACCGAACCAGGCGCAUCUCCACCCACUGAUCGUCUCCUGGGGUCCCUGCGUUCGGGGCUCACCCCAUCCAAGCUUCGCCCUGGAGGGCAAAAGCCUGUGUGAGGGCUCUGCAGAGGGGGGGUGCUGUGGGAGCUGGUCACCCCCUCCUGCACCCCCUCUUGUGUCCUCUGCACUCCCUGAGGAGGAGCCAGGCUUCACCACCGUGGAGCUGUGCCAAGAUGAAGAGCACAUCUGUCUGACUGCAGUUGAGGGAGGGAUGGAGGAGAUUAGUGGACAAAAUCCAAACUGCGAAGACGCAGAACGAAAGGACGAAAGACUGUCGUUCCAGAUCUUCCCCGACCCCGUUGAGGUCGUCCUGACCCCGGACACCUCCUUCAGCAGCCUGGACCUGGACCACGAGAAGGAGCGCCUGCCCUCCAUCGUGGUGGAGCCCACGGAGGUGAACGAGGUGGAGAGCGGCGAGCUGCGCUGGCCUCCGGAGAACACGGACUCGGAGGAGGACGAGGAGGACCUGUUCCUGGAGCAGUGCAUCCCCCCGGCCAACAUCGCAGACUGGGGCGAUGACGAGGAGGAGGAGGAGGACACGUCGGUCAUACUGAACCAGCAGCAAGGCUUGACACUCAUUGACCUUCAGUCAGACACGUUCAGAGACGACACCCCGACCCUCCCGCCGAGCAGUGCCCCGGCCCUCAACUGAGCCAUGAGCGACGACGACCCGCAAACCCCCCGACUACGUCAAGCGCUAUGGAGAAACUCAGCAACCAGUCACCCGGUUAACUCGGAUGAGUGUAUGUUUCUGCUUUCACUGCAUCACAACCAGGCCUAUAAAUACAAACUGUUUGGAUGUUGGUGAGAAGCAACUUUUUUUUUUGCUGACGGUGUGACUUUAUGUUUCAUUUCUGUUUUUAUUUCCUAUUUUUCAAGGAAUGCAGUUAAAUAAAAAAUACACGAUGCCAUGGUCCUCUCGUGAAGGCGUGUCAUUGAGGAGCUCUCUUAUCGGGGCUCGUGUGUGCGACUAUCUUCAACCAUCAGCAUUUCUCAGUAAUUUGUGUAAAGCACACACAAAAAACCAUCACACAGGAGGCAGCUUUAGUUUCUCAUCAGUAGCUGUAGAUGCCAUUAAUGCAUAGUGAGUAGGCUGAUUUGUCAAUGACUUGUUUAUACGGAAAAGCUGUGCUGAAUACAAGGAAUAUGUGUGAAUAAAGUAUGACUCACAGUGGAAUCAUGUUUUUGGAUGUGGACGUUUCUUCUUUACUAAGCUUAAUUUUUUAAAUAGGUAAUAAAUUGCAUUCUAAGAAGCCUCAAAUAGUUUAUUUAGAAUCCUUUAGACGUGAUCCUAAAAUGAAAACACACGCACACAGUUCUGUACCAGUUGUUCCUACACUCAUAUAUGGGCAGCCUCAGUGCAGAUGAUGAUGAUGUGUGAUUGUGAAAGCGCGUGUGGGCUGG